UGUGUGUGUGUGUGUGUGUGUGUGUGUGUGUGUGUGUGUGUGUGUGUGUGUGUGUGUGUGUGUGUGCUCUAUAUCAGGCUCAGCAGAUCUGGGUGUGUGUCUCCACAAGUCCUCCAGCGGUCUGGACCUCCCCAUGAAGGUGGUGGACAUGUUCGGCUGCUGCCUGCCCGUCUGCGCCAUCCACUUCCACUGUUUACACGAGCUGGUGAAGCACGAGGAGAACGGGCUGAUCUUCAGAGACGCUCAGGAGCUCGCUGAGCAGCUCAAGUCUCUACUCUCAGAGUUCCCCGGGUCAGGGGGCCAGCUGGGGGCCUUCAGGAGGAUGCUGCGGCGCAGCAGGGGGCCAGGCUGGGACGAGAACUGGGACCAGAAUGUCCUACCUCUCCUCUCCGCUCCCUGAGGGACACCAGGAGGGACUUUUAAUGGACAAUACUCAUUUUUCAGAGCAAAACGCAUCUAAAUCUCACCUUUUGAAUUCUGCCUUGUUACAUUAAAGAGGAGGGAAUGAGUCUGAUUAACUUUAAACAAUUAGAUGCAGCAGCAACACAGGUGAGAUAAAGUACAAACGUUUGAUUCCAGCUAUUUUGUAGUACUUCAGAGCACUUGAAUGUAUAAAAAGGACACUUUGAUACGAUGUAAAUUUGUAAAUAAAAUCUUUAAUGUGC